UUCUUGGCUGUUGUAAUGGGUCUGAUAUCAUUGUUUACCGUAGGUAGCAACAUCAUGGUCUUCUUAUCAUUCAAAAUUGAGAAAAAAUUACGAACAUUAACGAAUUAUUUUUUGCUGAGUAUGGCGGUUGCUGACUGUGCUGUCGGAUUAAUAUCUAUUCCAGUUUUCGCGCAGUAUGUUCUACAAAGAAAAUGGAUUUUAGGUCCCACUGUGUGUAAAUUGUGGCUGUCUGAAGAUUACACUGUUUGUCAGGCAUCUGUAGCACAUCUAUUUGCAAUUAGUUUGGAUAGGUACUUCUCAAUCACCAGACCAUUGACUUAUAGAGUAAAUAGAACUACGAAAAAAAUUAUUUUUGCACUUUUAAUUACUUGGUUGGUUCCAUUUUUAGUUACUGCCCCUUGGAUUUGGCUUUAUCCAUUUUUUGAUAAAAACAAAUAUUUCAUAAUACCAGAAAAUGAGUGUUAUGUUCCAUUU